AUGAUCACACCUGAGAAGCCAAAAAGAAGUAGGCUGCAACAACAACCAGGAACCCCAAUUCCUACAUCUCGACGGAGAGAUGAUCUUGUAAAUAUUCCUGCUGUAUACAAUCCACCAGUUUCAAAAUUGAAGAAAAACUACGAUUUGGAGUUUGGACGAUUCUUAAGGUCUGCAAAAAUUGUGUUGGAUUUCCUGGAUAAAGCAUGCAAUCUGAAAUACCACAAUUUCAACAAAAACGACAAAAACAUUGUUGACUCAAUAACCAGUGCCAUAUUAAAUAUGCGCAUCACACGAAAGCCAUUAGAUGGAUUAAAACACGUUCCAAUGUUAUCGAAAAGGAUCAGUGUCAAGCGAUGGUACCAAAAACAUUACGAUCCCUUGUCUCAAACAGAGAGUGAUAACGAAUCAGAUGACGACGGAUCUUCGGAUAGUGAGAAUUCUUCGCUUCGUAACGGCGCAGCAAACUCAAACGCUGAUGAUGCUGCUGACAUAUCCAGUGAUGAGGCAGAAAACGAUAACGAUUUUGAUGCAUUUUUCAAUGAUUGA